AGCUUUUUUUCUACGCCUUUCUCUCUCUCUCUCUCUCUCUCUCUCUCACUCUCCUCGGCUUCGUGAAAAGGAGGAAGACCAUGAAGCCGGAAACCGAACAGAACGUCUGCGCCGUUUGCAAGGUAUCCGCCAAGCGCAAGUGUGGUGGAUGCAGAAGCGUGUACUACUGCGGCAAGGAGCACCAGAAAGCACAUUGGAGAGAGCACUGGCGGAAAUGCAAGUGCUACAAGUUGGUGGAAAACGAGAAGCUCGGCCGGCACUACGUGGCCGUGCGACGCAUCGAGGCUGGCGAGAUCGUCAUCAGAGAGGAGAAGCCGCUGGUCCAAGGUCCGCAGCAAGACAGCGUGCCGGUGUGCUUGGGAUGCUGUGUGCCGUUGACGUCGGAAAUCGCCAGACCUUGCGAGGAAUGUGGCUGGCCGCUCUGCCAGAGCUGCACCUCGCACGGCGACGAGUGCGAGUUCACGAAGAAAUAUAAGAGCUCGAAGGUGUCUAUAUCCGGCUUCGGACUAACGCAUCCCACCUACAAGUGUGUGAGCGUGAUAAGAGCCUUGGCGUUGCGCGACAGCGAUCCAGCGGCCUACAAGAAAUUCACCAAUCUCUCGUCUCACCACGAGCAGCCGAGCUUCGGGGACCCCGGCGAGGUGACGCAGUUCAUAAAGCGCUUCUUCGACAAGCUCGAGGACACGAGCGAGGAGGAGAUCGCCCGAGCCGCGGGCAUACUUCUCAUCAACGGCCAUGAAGUUCCAAUAACGGAGCCUUCGCAGAUAGCAGUGUACGAUGCGUCAUCCUACUUGGAGCACAGCUGCAAGGCCAACUGCGCCAAGAGCUUCACCAACUCCGCCGGCCUGAUCGUGCGCGCCGCCCUGGGCAUCGAGAAAGGAGGGCACAUCACCAUUUGCUACUCGGACCCGCUGUGGGGCACCGCCAACAGGAGGCACUACCUUCUGCGCACCAAGUUCUUCGAGUGCGCAUGCGAACGGUGCUCCGACCCCACUGAACUCGGCACCAUGUUCGACGCCCUCAAGUGCAACCGAAGCGACUGCCGAGGCAACGCGCUGCCGAGGACGUUCCUGGCCGCCGAGGUCAGCGACUACCUCUGCGACCGCUGCGACAACGCGCUGUCGUCGCGCGCGGUCGACGAGCUGACCGAGCGCAUCGGCAGAGAGCUGGCCUCGAUCGCCAAAGACGACGUUGCGGCCUGCCGCGACUUCCUUAAGGCGCACGCGGGCAGGCUCCACGAAAACCACUUCUACAUGACGGACGCGAGACUGGCGCUGGCGCAGCUCAUCGGCCAGCAGGAGGGCGGAUUGCCGGCCCUCGACGCCGAGCUCCUCAGCGAGAAGAUACUACUGUGCAAGAAGCUCGACGAGCUCAUGAAGACCAUCGUGCCGUCCGAGAAUAGAGUGAGGGGCCUGCUGCUGUUCGAGAUGCACGCGGCGGUGGCGGAAUUCGGGCGUCGCCGGGACAAGGAGCAGCUGCUCAACAUACUGCAGGCAGAGACACGCAAACUCAACAUAACUCCCACCUACCUGACCUACCUGCAGAAUUAUCUCAACUCCACGUUGCAUUUGCAGGAGUCCAAGAGGCUGCUCGAGGAAGCGUAUCAGCUGCUCAAGUACGAGCCGGACGUGCUGCCCGAGGGGAAGAUCGCUAAAACGGCCAAAAUGAACUUGAUGGAAAUGGAGUUGCUCAUUAAAACGUUGUGCGCGAACGCUGUGAUGCCGCUCUAAUCCCGCGAGCUCGUCGACACACACUUUUGUGAUAUCCCACCGGUA